CCACUCGCUCCGCGGCCGCCCAGAGCAGCAGCAGCAGCAGGAGCAGGAGCAGCAGGAGCGGCGGCACCAUGAAGGUGAAGAAGGGCAGCGGCGCCGGAGGAGGAGGCGCGCCCGGGGCCGGCGCUGGCGGAGGAGCCGCCGCCGCCGCCGCCGCCGCUUGCACCGAGGAGGAGCUGCUGCGCAAAGCUGCCAUCAGCCCCGAGGACGUGCUGGGGCUCCCCAAGAUCACCUCCGACUACCUCUGCACCCCGGAGGAGAACGUCUACAAGAUAGAUUUCACCCGGUUCAAAAUCCGAGACAUGGAGUCGGGCACAGUGCUCUUUGAAAUCACCAAGCCGCCGGCUUCAGAGCGAGAGCACAGUGACAAGAAGGACGUCGACCCCAACGCCGGGCGCUUUGUGCGCUACCAAUUCACGCCGGCGUUCCUGCGGCUGCGUCAGGUUGGGGCCACGGUGGAGUUCACCGUGGGCGACAAGCCCAUCAACAACUUCCGCAUGAUUGAGAGGCAUUACUUCCGGGACCAGCUGCUGAAGAGCUUCGAUUUCGAGUUCGGCUUCUGCAUCCCCAGCAGCAAGAACACCUGCGAGCACAUCUACGAGUUCCCCCAGCUCUCCGAAGACCUCAUUCAGGAGAUGAUCCUGCACCCCUACGAGACCCAGUCAGACAGUUUCUACUUUGUGGAUAGCAAGCUGGUGAUGCACAACAAAGCGGAUUAUUCCUACAGCGGAGGACCCUGAUGCGGAACCGCCAGGCGCCUUCCCCGCAAAUUCCUGUAGAAAUGGGUUCGGGUUUCCGCCGGCCGGCUUUGGCAUGGAGAGCCAGGAUCCGAGGACCCUGCCAGGAGCUGGAGUUUCGGGACUAAAAUUAGCUGAAGUCGUUAACUGUUCCUUGAGCUGUCGAGGCAACCCCCCCUGCCCACCCCCUCUCCCAGGGAGAGCCUCUUCACACCACUGAGUAACCCCGUAGUUGUGGCUUGAAAUAGCUCCACGUAGUUAACUCCAGGCCAACCAGGUCUGCGUUUCAUACCAGCUAUGGUGUGUGUGUCUCUCUCUUCGUCUUUGGCCCAGGGGUUUGGUUUUGGGUUUUUUUUUGUGGAAAAUCCACCCCAGAUGCUCUCUCUCCAAGAGAGUGGCGUCCUCGAUGACCCCCUUCUUCUCGGAACCGGUGGCAGGUGGAUGCGAACUCUGAGACGUGCACCUUCCCUCUGGUCGGACGAAGGACCUGUGUGGUCCUCGGGGCAGAGUCCUAACCUCCCGUUCCCAUUUCCUUUGCCCCUUCAGCGUUCUGAGAAGCGGAAGCAAAUCAGGACAACCUUUAGAUAGGUGUGUGGUUUUUUUUAAAGAGGGGUCUUGCUGUGGGAGCCUCUGGCACUUGCAAGAGGUGGCAACUGUGCGUCUCAGGCUGGGUGGGAGCCCAGAUCCCGGAACACCUCAUUCAGCCCAAUCCCGGGGGUCUCCUGGGUGCCCCACCCU